AUGACACCUUCCAACCGCUGGGUCCUUUGUCUUGUCUUGCUGGUACCAUGCUCGUGUUUCCAGCCAAUUCAUCAUGGUAGCAGCACACUGCAACAACAAUCAUGGCAGAGCAGCCGACUACAUGCUUCUAAAAACGAAGGAGACGAAGGAGACGAAGGAGACGAAGGAGACGAAGGAACCAUGAGCGAAGCCGAACGCAUGAAACUGGUACGAACGUUGCAAAAGUCCUUUUAUUCCAGCCCAACCACUGCCACUCCAUCCUUGGACCCCAUCACGGGCAUUCUCUCCCAUUUGCCACUGUGGCGGGUCGGUUGGACCGAAGUCCCGGGACGGACCAAUUGCUGGAACGUUCACGAAGCCCACUACACGAACAUGUUUGAACACAUUCUACGAACGUCGAAUCCUCCCUACCUCGUGGGACAUUUGUACGUGCCCGGAGACGUUCCACUCCAGACGUGGCGUCAAGAACUACUAUUGCAUGGCGAAGAGCAAUCGGCCGUGGUGGGGACACUAAUGCAAAUUACCGAUUAUCGACGCUUGCAAGAUGGACGAUUGUGUCUCUUGGUACAAGUCAUGGAUCGAUUCGUCGUCGAUGAGAUGGUACAGGAAUUCCCCUAUUCUGUGGCCCAUGUGCAAAUGCUGCCCGACGAGGAAGAAUUGGAGGCGGCAGGACACGACAUUGGUUUGGCCGUCCAACGAGCCUUUUCCUAUUAUCCGUACGAAUUCGGCAGUGAGACCGAAUUGCCCCUACGGAAAAACAAGGCUGGUGAAUACACGUCGGUCAAGGCCAUGAAUAGAAAUGUCGUCAACGCCAUUUCCAAGUUGUUGCCACAUGCCAUGUAUUCGUGGGAUGAGUCCUUGUUGGAUGGCAUUUUGGAACAACAAGAAGCCGAAGAUUUUUGGAGUCGACAGGCUCCGUAUGAUUUUUUAGCAACCGAAGAACCAUCCUUGCUGUCUCUAUUGGAGGAAGGAGGCAUUCUGCAGACGCCGCCGUCGAUGUCAUCCCAUGACUUGGAGGAUGAUGAUGAUGAAGCAUCCACUACGACGGACUUGCACGAACUGGAAACCAAACUGUGGUAUGCCGUGGAAGAAUUGGUGCGCAAACGAACCGACUUUGUCCUGCCUCCCGAAAUACUCGCUCUCCAACCACCCCACUUGAAGAAUCGUCUGAAGGAUCUUCUCUCCACACCCACCACCGAGUUUUUUCACGAGGACGACAAUCAAUGGCAUUUACAACGACAACAAGAAGCCGUCAUUCCUCCAUUGUCGUCCAGGUAUCCUGCUUAUCGACGACAAAAACGACUCAGUUAUGCGCUGCCGGCCAUGCUCGAAGGAUCCCGCUCUCCACAAGGAGGACGGCAGGUAUUGUUGAAUAUUCCCAGUACCAGAGCGCGAUUGCGAAUCUUCUUGGAACGAUUUGAACUCAUUAUUGCUCAGAUGGAUGAGUUGGAAGAUGCUCAGACUGAUGAGCAAGAGGCUGCUCGGAUUGAGGGAGGUGUUCAGAUUGAGGAAGGUGUUCAGAUUGAGGGAGAAGAAGGAGAAGAUCGUCGCUUUCAAUAA